AGUGUCGUGCAGCUGGCCCUUUAAGAAUUAGGAUUUGAGAGUGACGCGGAUAUGAAAGCUAGUUUAUCCCUCUUUCCUUCGCUAUGAAAAAUACUUGACCAGACUAAACUAACGACUACCAGUCUGAGCUAAUCAGUUAAUUAAAAUGACACUUUUCUUUCGUUGUUAAACCGCAGUGGCCGUGCAUGUUUUGGAGAAGGAUUUAGCUCCUCGGAUUACUUGACAGGGCCGAGAACUCGCUCCCUCUUCUCCCUCUUCUCCCUCUUCUCUCUGGGAUAACUUUGGAUAACUUCUUUGUAGCCGAGACCGCCGCUCAGCUUGGCCCAGGAGCUGAACAUGGACUGGGGCACGGAGCUUUGGGACCAAUACGAGAUCAUUGAGAAGCACACACAGUCAGGCCUGGAUCUGGUGGAGAAAUAUGUCAAAUUUGUGAAGGAAAGAACCGAGAUUGAGCAAAACUAUGCCAAACAACUGAGAAACCUUUCAAAGAAAUACAAUGUGAAAAGAAGCAGCAAAGAUGAACCAGACUGCAGGCUGUCCAGCUACCAGGCCUUCCUGGACAUCCUGAACGAGAUGAAUGACUAUGCAGGCCAGAGGGAGCUGAUCGCUGAGAACAUGAUGAUGAACAUAUGCAUCGAUCUCACAAAGUACCUGCAAGAAGUGAAGCAGGAAAGGAAGACGUAUCUUAUGGAGGCCAAGAAAGCCCAACAGAAUUUGGAAAGCACUUACAAGCAGCUCGAUAGUAGUAAAAAACGCUUUGAGAGGGAAUGGCGAGAAGCAGAGCGUGCCGCUCAAUAUGCAGAAAAGACAGACCAGGAUAUAAAUGCCACGAAGGCAGAUGUUGAAAAAGCCAAGCAACAGGCUCAUAUGAGAGCACAUGUUGCAGAAGAAUGUAAGAAUGAUUAUGCUGCUCAGCUCCAAAAGUACAACAAGGAACAACAGCACUUUUAUUUUAGUGAUAUGCCACUAAUAUUUAAUAAAUUGCAAGACCUGGAUGAGAGGCGAGUAAGAAGGCUAGCACAAGGAUACAACUUGUUUUCUGACACAGAAAAACACGUGAUGCCUAUCAUUGGCAAGUGCCUUGAAGGCAUUACUAAAGCUGGCACUAGUGUUAAUGAGAGGAAUGACUCCAUGGUUUUAAUAGAGCAGAACAAGUCUGGCUUUGAGCGUCCAGGAGAUCUCGACUUUGAGGACUUCAGCCAAGGCAUUAACAGGGCAUCCUCCGACACCAGUCUGAGCACCCCAAAAGGCCCCAUGGACCUGCUGGGCAAGAACCGGGGCAAAAACUUUUGGCUUUUCAACAAAAAGAGUAAGCUUACUCCCUCCUCGUUCCCACCGUUCUCCUCACCCCCCGCCCCUUCGCCUGCUAAUGGACCCCCGUCCCCCAAGUUUGGCCGGGACACUCUGUCAUACUGUUUGAAGGAGAUCAAUAAGACAGUCAAACCCCGAAUCUCAUCCUUCAGGACCCUCAGGAGAUCGCCCACAGUCACAGAGGACUUCACCCACCUGCCCCCUGAGCAGCGCAGGAAGAGGCUGCAACACAAACGAGAUGAGAUUGUUAAAGAGUUGCAAAAGGAAGUAGAUCAGAGUGAAGCUUUGGGCAAGAUGAAGGAUGUUUAUGAAAAAAACCCUCAGAUGGGAGACCCCGCCAGCCUCGCAUCCCAAAUAACUCAGACGACUCAGAACAUAGAGCGGCUAAGGGCAGAGCUCAAUAAGUACGAGACUUGGCUCACUGAGGCAGGGGGUCGUGGCGAUAUCCUCCGCUACAGAACACAUGCAUUGAACAACAAUGGGUCACAUGACAUAAACAGUCCUGACGGGGCUCAUUCUGAUGAGAGCACUCCUGACACCUCCCAGGCCAUUUACGCAGAGUUUGACGAUGACUUUGAGGAUGAAGAGCUUGCGGCUCCUAUUGGGACAUGCAUUGCGAUGUACAACUUCCCCGGUGCCAGUGAAGGGACCAUCUCGAUGCAGGAGGGCGAGGAGCUAGAGGUGGUCGAGGGGGACAAAGGUGACGGUUGGACUCGAGUUCGCAGAAAUAAUGGCGACGAAGGUUACAUUCCGACUUCCUACGCCACAAUCACUCUAUUCAAAUGAAAUGGUCACAGGAUGUAGAAAAGUCCUUUGCAUUUCCUCUCAAUGUGUGAAUCACAAAAGACAGUGCUUUGCUUGGGACUACGAGUUUUGCCAAAAGGAAUUUCAUAAGAGGGCAGCCACAUGCGGCAAAGCAGUGAUGGUGGGAUAAUGCACGUUAAGGAACCCAAGCGGACAUUUUUUUUUUAUCUUCAAAAUUCAACACUUCUCAACAGCAGGGUUUUGACACAGUGUAAGACGGUAACUAUUGAAGUGCAUUGGUAGUGCAGUAGGGGGACUUAUUCCACUGCUGAAUCAGGGGGAAAAGAGCUGCUCUGAUAUUUACGUUGAGUGUUAGUAGUAAUAUUAUUUAGGAUCUUCUUUUCUCUUUCAUGUUCACAAAUAACUGCCCUAACAGCUGUGGUCUCACUUCAGUCUCUGCGCUUGUUUAGAAACUGUCCCUGGCUUCAUGUUGUUUUGCACGGACCUAAAAUAAUGCACACUUCAGGAAUGGCUGAGGUGUGGACAUUCAGGUGUGUACAGCUCUUCUAUAAUGAAAAUAUUAAGAAGACACUAAAUCUCUGACAAUCACUCCACUAUUCAAGAUUUUCCCCAUAAAACCUGUAAUAUCUAAUAUGUAGAAAUGUUCUGAAAAUAAUUUAUUACUCAAGUUUUUGUUAGUUCUCAAGUUCAGUGGUUAGUUCUCUCUUCUAUUCCCAGAUGCACAAAUACUGGGCUGCCACAAAAGGGAGUAGAAGCUAAAUGUGCGAGCUUGUUUUUAUGUAAAAUAUAUUUAAGGAUCACAACACCACUUUUGUCUUAGUUUUUAUCAUGUAUAAAGGAAGUCUAGAUAGAUGACAAAUCUAUAAUGCAGUUAAUCCAUUUGGUUUGGAUUUCGCUCUGUCCUGGUUUAUGUUUUUGGAGCCAGCUGUAACUAGUCACAUGUCUACAGUGCCUUAUCAUUUUGUAUUGUAUACCAUUUAUAGCAGGAUCUGUUGUGUUUUUCAAUGCUUAAUAAAUGUGCAGCACGUUUAAAGUUU